ACCUGAUAAUGCCGUAUUCUGGAGAUUAAUGGAAGUUCAAUCACUUUUCGGCUGUACAAGAAGCUAUUUAAGCGAAAUGUAAUAGGCAGUCCCCAGUAUUUCAACGGUAACAGUGAAACGGUUGGUUUGCGUGAGUGAUUUUUGCAAAUAGAGCAAACAAAAAUGCCGGAAUAUAAGGUCGAACAGCUGCCCUCGCCCCUCAAUGUGCUAGGAGAAGGUCCCCAUUGGUGCGGUGAAAGACAAAGUUUAUACUACAACGAUAUCUACGGAGGAACGAUCCACCGGUAUGAUUAUGCUGAUAACAAAACAUAUACGGCCACAGUUGACGGUUAUCUCGUUAUCGCAUUCAUAAUCCCCGUGAAGAGUAGCCAAACGGAGUUCAUUAUUGGAACGGGUAAGAAAGUGACCCUCAUCGAAUGGGACGGCAUCGCUCCGGAAGCGAAAUUUGUGAAAACAGUCGGUGAAGUUGAGCUGGAUCUGCCCGAUAACCGCUUCAACGACGCCAAGGUCGAUCCGAAGGGUCGGUUCUAUGGCGGGACCAUGCGACUCGAGGAGAAGGGCGAUAUUUUCGAGGCACGCCUGGGAUCGUUCUAUAGGUACGAUCCACAGCUGGGGAAGUUUGUUGUGCUCAAGACCCAAAUUGGUGUGUCAAAUGGAUUGUGUUGGAAUGCGGAGGGCACUUUGUUGUACUAUAUUGACUCGUGCGAUCUAGAUGUUAAGGAAUAUCACGUGGACGAAAAUGGAGAUUUGUCCAACGAAAGAGUGGUUACCAAUUUCCGGAUGAACGGAAAUCGCCCUGACUUUGUACCUGAUGGAAUGACUAUCGAUGCCGAUGGAUUCCUGUACGUGGCAACCUUCGGAGGUUCCGUUGUCUACAAAAUAGAUCCAUCUGAUGGAAAAACUGUACUGGAGAUCAAGCUUCCCGCAGAACAAGUGACCUCGGUGGCCUUCGGUGGCCCAUCCCUGGACAUUCUGUUCGUCACGACAGCCGCAAAGGAAUUCAAAACACCACAGCCACCCCCGGCAGGAGCCCUCUUCAAAGUGACCGGUCUAGGAGCUAAAGGAGUACCAAUGCAUAGCGUUGAUUUAAAUUGAACAUUGUUCGUUCAAAUUUUCCCGUAUAAUAAACCUCUCGAC